AUGCAACUGCAACUGCAGUUGGUUCUGCUGAUGGAGUUGGUUCUGCUGAUGCAACUGCUGCAGCAGUUGCAUCAGCAGAACCGCCAUCAGCAGAAGUACCAUCAGCAGAAGUUCCAUCAGCAGCAGUUCCAUCAACAGAAGAUCCAUCAGCAGCAGUUCAUCAGCAGCAGUUCCAUCAACAGAAGAUCCAUCAGCAGCAGUUCCAUCAACAGAAGAUCCAUCAGCAGAAGUACCAUCACCAGAAGAUCCAUCAGCACCAGUUCUAUUAGCAGCAGUUCCAUCAGCAGAAGAUCCGUCAGCAGCAGUUUCAUCAGCAGUUCUAGAAGCAGAAGUUCUAUCUGCAGUAGUUCCAUCAGCAGCAGUUCCAUCAGCAGCAGUUCCAACAGCAGCAGUUCCAUCAGCAGAGGAUCCAUCAGCAGUAGUUCCAUCAGCAGCAGAUCCAUCAGCAGCAGUUCCAUCAGCAGAAGAUCCAUCAGCAGCAGUUCCAUCAGCAGCAGUUCCAUCAACAGAAGUUCCAUCAGCAGCAGUUCCAUCAACAGAAGAUCCAUCAGCAGAAGUACCAUCAGCAGAAGAUCCAUCAGCAGCAGUUCCAUCAGCAGCAGUUCUAUCAGCAGAAGAUCCAUCAGCAGCAGUUCCAUCAGCAGCAAUUCUAUCAGCAGAAGAUCCAUCAUCAGCAGUUCCACCAGCAGCAGUUCUAUCAGCAGAAGAUCCAUCAGCAGCAGUUCCAUCAGCAGAAGAUCAAUCAGCUCAGUUCCAUCAGCAGCAGAUCCAUCAGCUGAAAUUCCAUCAGCAGAGGAUCCAUCAGCAGUAGUUCCAUCAGUAGAAGUUCCAUCAGCAGCGGUUCCAUCAGCAGAAAUUCCAUCAGUAGGAAGAGCAGUACCACCAGCAAAAGAUUCAUCAGCAGAAGUUCCAUCAGCUGAAAUUCCAUCAGCAGAAGAUCCAUCAGCAGAGGAUCCAUUAGCAGUAGUUCCAGCAGCAGCAGAUCCAUCAGCAGAAGUUCCAUCAGCAGCAGUUCCAUCAGUAGAAGUUCCAUCAGCAGAAAUUCCAUCAGCAGCUUUUCCACCAGCAGCAGUUCCAUCAGCAAAAGAUUCAUCAGCAGAAGUUCCAUCAGCUGAAAUUCCAUCAGCAGAAGAUCCAUCAGCAGAGGAUCCAUCAGCAGUAGUUCCAUCAGCAGCAGUUCCAUCAGCAGCAGUUCCAUCAGCAGAAGAUCCAUCAGCAGCAGUUCCAUCAGCAGUAGUUCCAUCAGAAGAAGUUCCAUCAGCAGAAAUUCCAUCAGUAGCUUUUCCAUCAGCAGCAGUUCCAUCAGCAGUAGUUCCAUCAGAAGAAGUUCCAUCAGCAGAAAUUCCAUCAGUAGCUUUUCCAUCAGCAUCAGUUCCAUCAGCAUGA